UGUAACCCCAUUCGUACUAUUGAAAUCGAAAGUAAAAGUAAAAAUCGGAAAUUUGCGUGUAUUGAGGCCGUUGUUUUAGAAUCUGCUGCGUAAUUGGUAUUUUGUUAGGGACACGUCGACGUUUCGUUUUCGUUUAUAUUGUUUCAAGAUAACUACACAUUUGGUAUUUGAUUGCGAUGGCGAGCGCCGGUAUUGAAGAUGUAUAUGCAAGAGAAGACGACCAAGCUUGGACCAAAAUCCAGGAAGAAAACAAGGCUAUACUUACUGAAAUUACAGAGCUGUGCAAUCGGCCGGACAGAAAGACCCCAGAAGUGCUCUUUCUUCUUGGAGGUCCAGGAGUGGGGAAAAGUUCCUUGGUAAACACCAUCAACAAGGCCUUAUGCGGAAAGUACUACCCGAAAGCUAAAACAGGAAGUGGGAAUGCGCAAUCGAAAACUCUAACACUCCAAUGGUUUGAACAUAGUGGCGUUCAGAUGUUUGAACUGCAGGGUGCGCAAAAAGACGCGUUUUCAAAAUGUCUGCAUUUGUUGCCAAAUGUCAUAGACGCGGCUGGAAACGAAGAUCAUAAUUCGGCGGAAUUGCGUGAAAUUCUAGAGAUGGUGUUUGGAGGUUUUAUUCCUCCCGGAACGUCUGUUGAAUUUCUUCGAGAUCAACAAAAAGAAGGCAAGGUGGGUUGUCUGAAGCGAUUAUACCCUCUCUGCAAUGAGGAAUGGAAAGUGACGAAGGUCGUGUUUGUUGCUAGCUGUAAGCAAGCACUUCCAACGCAAAUGGUUGAAUGUCUCAAUGAAGUUCUCAGAGCUUAUGACAAGAAGACGGGAUUUCCCAAAUUCAAUAUCGAUGUAUUUGUUGUCAUUACAAAAUACGAUUUGGUGGAAGAACAGAAACGAUUUCCCGCAGUCCGCCAACAGGAACAAAUUACCAUGGAGAAAUUCCUGGAGCACGAGCACGAAGUAGCGACGCAUUUCAGCAUCGACGGUUCUUUAAAGCACAACAGCAUCCGCUGGGUGAGCUACGUGGACGGUCAUAGCGAGGAUAAUCCUUUCAUCGAGAACAUCGCUCUGAAGUUCGUGCGGCAGAUGAUGCAACCUGGACGGAGUAAACAUCAAGUAGAAAACGCACCUUCUACUGUUGUCACUCCUCUAGUAGAGAUGUCCCGGGACGCUGAGAGAUGGUUGGCAGAAACUAAUGUGAAUAUGAAAACAGCUCUGCUCGUGCUGGUGGCUGCAUUGAUCAUCGCCUUAAUUUACCACUUACUCACAAGAAGUCCUGAAUCAAAGAUGGACUUAUGAAUUCCUAAAACGACUUCAAUUUCCAGAAAACGGAUUCGAAUUAUACCAAAUUUAACGUAUAUGUGUUUUUUUAUUAUAGACUUCUUUCGAAAACAACUAUUUCUUAAGACGGGUUAUUUUGAAUGUUAAAAUAAUUGUAAUAAUGUCAUUAAUGUAACAUUUUAAUGUCACUUCCUUACAUGGUAAUUGGUGAAAAACCAGAAGAUGAAAACAUUAAAGUAUUAUAUUUAACAGUAUUUCAUCACGCUUUCAAGAUAACCCAAAUGCAUUUUAUGACUACCACGCACUCCUCAUGGGCAUUUCAAACGCAAUAUGGCAGGUUGUUCAUAAAAUGAUUUAUAGAUCGUGGAUUUAAAUAUAACACUACAUUAUUCGUUUGGUCGGUAUUUUUUUGUUUCCUCUCCAAUGAGUAAUAUUUUGUUGUCAUUUUGUUUCCUAUUGUCGUCGUUUGUUCUGUGCAUUUAACAAGAAUUUAACAAAUGUUCUGAUUUUUGUGCAUAUGCUUUCUUGAACGAUUCCAAAUAAUGGAUGAGCUUAACGUCAUUUAUUAAUAGACAUAAAUUGGUUGACGAAAAUAUUAAUUGGGCAAUUAUUAUGUAAUAUACUAUAUUUAUAUUCAUAUAUGUUAUCAUAGCGCGUGUUUAUGUACGUGUCUUAGUAGUGCGCAUUUCAACCAUGUAAUAUAAUUUAGGUUGUAAAAAACAAUUUUAUCUACAAUACAAAACGCAUGUAUUUCACAAUAUAUUUCACAAUAAUGUCUUAUCAUAGUAAUAAUGCCAUUUGUUAACUGGAUAACCGUUGCUUUUCUGCUUAAAACUGCUUAAAAAGAGGAUAAACGAUAAUCAUCUCUUUCAGUACAACAAGUAUGUGUCAUUUGGUGUUUUAAACGCAGUUUGUACGUCGCAUUAACUAGAAGUGAAUAACUAUCACGUAUUAGGUAACUGAUUCGGGAAUUUCAGGAACUAUAUAAUUGAGGUAUAUUUGAUGUUUAAAUAUUUGGUUAAGUUAUGACUAUAUUGUAUUGACGUUUUAAAAUUACUUUUGUUAAUUUAUAUUUAAAUCAUUAAAUAUAAUUUUGA